AUGUCCCAGUCCCAGAGCGAGGCGGCCAUACGCCGGGCGGGUGCGGUCGUGGCCCUCGCCGCGGCGUCCGUGCUCAUGGCCAUGGGCUUCCCCGCGGUCGAAGAGCGCGCGCAUGUCGUGCUGGCCCUGCACGCCGUCCUGCUGCUCGGCUGCGCCGCGGUGCUGCUCUCCCCGGCGCACGGCGCCGUGGCCGACCUCGCGCGCCGGCGCCGGGCCACGGAGGCUUCCCGGGGGACGACGUCCCUCGGCGCGUCGGCGCGCGCGCCCGCCGGAUUGCUGCGGUGGCUCGGCUUCGCCGGCAUCCUGCUCUACGUGCUCUACGUGCCGGCGACGUCGCCGCGCGGAACAAGGCCGCGGCGGAGGCAGUGGCGGCGUGGCUGGAUACGGUCAGAGAUUUCCUCCUCUUCCUGA